AUGAGGACUUCUCUGCAGGCAGUGGCACUCUGGGGAAAGAAGGCCCCUCCCCACAGCAUCACUGCCAUCAUGAUCACCGAUGACCAGCACAUGAUCGUGACCGGAAGUCAGGAGGGUCAGCUCUGCCUCUGGAAUCUCUCCCCUGAACUAAAGAUUUCAGCUAAAGAACUCCUAUUUGGUCAUUCGGCUUCAGUAACAUGUUUGGCAAGAGCAAGGGACUUCUCUAAACAGCCCUAUGUUGUUAGUGCUGCUGAAAAUGGGGAGAUGUGUGUUUGGAAUGUCACCAAUGGACAGUGCGUGGAGAAGGCCACACUUCCUUACAGGCACACUGCAAUCUGUUAUUACCACUGCUCAUUCCGGAUGACAGGAGAAGGCUGGCUUCUGUGCUGUGGAGAAUAUCAAGAUGUCCUUAUCAUUGAUGCCAGAACUUUGGCUGUUGUUCACUCUUUUACAUCAUCUCAGUCUCCAGAUUGGGUCAACUGCAUGUGCAUUGUUCACUCCAUGAGAGUUCAAGAAGAUUCUCUCUUGGUGGUAUCAGUAGCUGGUGAGCUCAAAGUAUGGGAUCUCUCCUCAUCUAUCAACAGCAUUCAGGAAAAGCAAGAUGUCUAUGAAAAAGAAUCCAAGUUUCUCAACUCCUUGAACUGCCAGACAAUACGAUUUUGCACAUACACAGAGAGACUUCUAUUGGUGGUAUUUUCUAAAUGUUGGAAGGUUUAUGAUUAUUGUGAUUUUUCCCUUCUGCGGACAGAAGUUAGUAGAAACGGGCAGUUCUUUGCUGGUGGAGAGGUGCUUGCUGCUCACAGAAUCCUCAUCUGGACAGAAGAUGGUCACAGUUAUAUCUAUCAGCUGCUGAACAGGUGGGCUCAGAUGGGAGCAGCAUACAAAACAUUCAGUGGGCUUUCAAAAAGCAUAUACCCUGCUGAUGGAAGAGUGCUUAAAGAGACCGUUUAUCCUCAUUUACUGUGCUCUACUUCUGUUCAGGAAAAUAAGAGCCAUCCCUUUGUUAUGGGCUACAUGGAUGAAAGGAAAGAGCCUUUUUAUAAGGUACUUUUCUCCGGAGAAGUCUCAGGAAGAAUUACUUUGUGGCACAUCCCUGAUGUUCCUGUAUCCAAGUUUGAUGGUUCUCCUAGAGAGAUACCAAUCACUACCACCUGGACUCUUCAAGAUAAUUUUGAUAAGCAUCAUACUGUGUCACAAAGUAUUAUUGACCAUAUCUCUGUGUUUAAAGAUGGGGCAGAAACUGCUGUAGUCACUUCAUCAGAGUAUGUUCCAAGUCUUGAUAAGCUAAUAUGUGGCUGUGAAGAUGGGACAAUUUUCAUUACUCAGGCUUUGAAUGCUGCCAAAGCAGGACUUCUAGAAGGCGGUUCUUUAUUAAAAGAUUCCCCUCCUCUCAAAGUUCUUAAAGGCCAUCACCAAAGUGUUACUUCUUUACUUUAUCCACAUGGUCUCUCUGCGAAAUUAGACCAAAGUUGGAUCGUGUCUGGGGAUCAGGACUCAUGUGUCAUCUUGUGGGAUAUCUUUACUGGAGAAGUUUUGCAUAAAUUCUUUUUGGAAGCUGGUCCAGUAACAAGUCUUUUGAUGUCACCAGAGAAUUUCAGACUAAGAGGUACUCCGAUAAUUUGCUGUGUGUGCAGUGACCAUUCCGUGGCCCUCCUGCACCUUGAGGAGAAGAGGUGCCUCCUGCGUGCCCGGAAGCACCUUUUCCCUGUGAGGAUGAUAAAAUGGCACCCAGCUGAAAAUUUUUUAAUUGUUGAAUGUACAGAUGACUCUGUCUACAUCUGGGAAAUUGAAACAGGCACUUUGGAAAGACAUGAGACAGGAGAAAGAGCAAGGAUUAUUCUUGAUUGUUGUGAUGGUUCACAGCUUGUGAAGCCUGAGUCUGUACUUGCAGUUACUUCAGAGACACACAAGCACAGAAGUGUAGAGCAGAGAUCCUCCAGCUCUCACCAGCGUGGGCCAGUACCGUGCGCCGGUCUGCAGGUGGAGUCUUCACGUACG